GAGAGAGAGAGAGAGAGGGGAUGGUGAAGCAGGAUUUUCCCGGAGCCACACUUUUCUGCUUCAAGCGCUGAGCUCUCCUCAACUUUUUGGGUGGCGGAACAGGAUCGAACCUCCUGGCUGCUCCUGGCCAUAUAUAGUAGUUUUUUUUUUGUUUCGUUUGUUUUUUUCCUUCUCCUGACAAGAAGAGGGGCUGAAAAAAGAGGAGGACUUUUUAGAGCAGCGAAAGCAGACGGCAGAGGCAUUUACGGGCAAGACUGUGCUCUCUGAUUUUUAGCACGAGCCCCCCGGACUUACCCCCUCCCCGCCGUCAGCUUGAAGAGGUGUGCUCUCAAUUGCUCUGUCGUCCGCUCUCCGCUGUCCUGAGAACUUCCCCCCCCUCCCCGGUUCUUGACUGCGGCAGCAGCAGCUCUGCUCGCCCCGGGGGCAGAAUGAGCCGCUAGACCGGAACGCGAGGAUGGCCACGGCCGUGUUCCAGGUUUCUGCAUCCUGUGUUCCAACUGCUAACUAUGAGCUGCCUCCCAGCAACGAUCUCCCGCUGAAACAUGUAGAAACCCCGGGCUCAACGAAAUCCUCCAAAAUAAUGGAGUCCCGACGAAGACCAUCACGGAGCCUGAGCCUGAUCCAGGCUAUGGAGGAGAACUAUGAGGUGGACCUGGUCUACAUCACCGAGCGCAUCAUCUCCGUGUCCUUCCCCAGCAGUGCCGAGGAGCAGAGCUACAGCGCCAACCUGAAAGAGGUGGCUACCAUGCUGAGAUCAAAGCAUGGAGAGCACUACCUGCUCUUCAACCUCAGCGAGAGGAGAUACGACAUAAACAAGCUGAACCCGAAGGUUCUGGACUUUGGUUGGCCUGACCACCACGCUCCAGCCCUGGACAAGAUCUGCAGCAUCUGCAAGGCCAUGGACACCUGGCUCAACGCCGACCCCCACAAUGUGGUGGUGCUUCACAACAAAGGGAAUCGUGGGCGGACAGGGGUGGUGGUUGCUGCAUACAUGCACUACAGCAAUAUAUCAGCCAGUGCAGACCAGGCCUUGGAUAGAUUUGCCAUGAAGAGGUUUUAUGAAGACAAAGUACUUCCUGUGGGACAGCCAUCUCAGAAGAGAUACGUACAGUACUUCAGCGGCCUGCUGUCCGGACACAUCAAGAUAAACAACAAGCCCCUGUUCCUGCACCAUGUCAUCAUGCAUGGGAUACCUAACUUUGAGUCCCAAGGAGGUUGCCGUCCCUUCCUCAAGAUCUACCAGGCCAUGCAGCCCGUCUACACAUCUGGGAUCUACAACGUCCAAGGGGACAGUCACACCAGCAUCUGCAUCACCAUCGAGCCAGGCCUGCUGCUCAAGGGCGAUAUUCUGCUCAAAUGCUACCACAAGCGCUUCCGCAGCCCCACCAGGGAUGUCAUCUUCCGGGUGCAGUUCCACACCUGCGCCGUGCACGACCUGGGCAUCAUCUUCGGCAAGGACGAGCUGGACGAGACCUUCAGAGAUGAGCGAUUCCCAGAGUACGGGAAGGUGGAGUUUGUUUUCUCCUUCGGGCCGGAGAAAAUCCAAGGGAUGGACCACCUGGAGAAUGGACCCAGCGUUUCCGUGGACUACAAUACCCAAGACCCGCUCAUCCGCUGGGAUUCAUAUGAGAAUUUCAUCCAGCGCCCUGAGGACAACACAGAGGACGUUGUUCACACGCAAGGUCCCCUUGACGGCAGCCUCUACGCUAAGGUCCGCAAAAAGGAGUCCCUUGAGGGAGGUGUUACAGCUAACGGGCUCCCCCCUGUUGAUCACACCCUCCCUGCACCGGACCAUACCCUCCCCACUGUUGACCACGCCCUCUCGGUGAGCAGUGACUCGGGAAACUCAACCGCCUCUAUCAAAACCGACCGCACAGACGAGCCGGUGCAGCAAGCAACCCCGGUGAGCCAGCCCUCUGCGCAGCCGCUGAGCCCCGAGGAGAAGAAGGGGCUGGACCAGCUUCUGAGUGGCCUUGAGCCCCCUGCCCACCGCCAGGGGUACCUGUCUGCGACCGCUUCUCCCGGAGCUGGGGGAGGAGUGCGGCACCUGGUACCCGCCCAGGUCCAUGUGAAUGGGCAGAAUAACGUGGAGAGGGAGACAGACAUCCUUGACGACGACUUGCCCAACAGCCAGGAAGCCAAUAGUGUGGAUAGCCUGGGAACUUUCUCCUCGUUUGAGGGAAGAGCCACCCCUGCCGAGCUCUACUACCAGCCGGACAUGGUGAUUAAUGGGCAGGACGGCUCUAUCCUGGACCGGAGCCUCUCAAACAAAUUGCCGCAGGUUUCCAUUCACCCCAUGCGAAGCUCUUCCUCGAUGCAGGAGCGCAUCGCAGACGUGGGUCCGGCCCACGUCGGCUACGGCAACCAGAACGGCAACAUCUAUCGCUCUCAGUCUUUCGGUGCCAGCCCUGGAGCAGAUCCGACCCCGAAAGCGAUGCCCCGGGCACCCGCCCGCAGCACCAGCAGCCGGGAAGCAGUGCAGAGGGGCCUAAAUGUGUGGCAUCAGUACGGUGUGCCAGAGGAGCCGGUGACUGAUGGAGCCCGCUUCAGCCCCGGCAUGCAGACUCACAGCCUGCCCGAGUUUCCCAACGUGGCCUCACAGAAGGAGAUCGAGCAGUCCAUUGAGGCCCUCAACAUGCUUAUGCUGGACCUGGACCCAGCACUGACCCAGAUGCCCAAGUCCUACAGCGCUCCACUGGCUCCUGGAGAGAGCGCUCCGAUCACCGUCCAGCCCACUCUUGGGCUGUCCAUCCCCCGGCCCUCGUACCAGGCCGACUCAGUGUUGCACGGCUACCCCUCUGGCCCUUCUUCUGCUUUCGGGCAGGUGCUCCAGAAGCCCUCGACCAUGCAGCCCCGCAUGUCCCCAGUGCAGGCCAGCCCUACCCAACCUCCAACCAUCUACAACCCACCAAGGCCCACCGCCAUGUAUCAGCCCGGCCAGGCCUUCCCGACGGAAUCAUCUGGCACUCUUGGCUACAGGCAGCCCAAGCCCACCGCCCCGGUCCACCUGGCGAGCCCUGUCAGCCCAGCCUCUACUGUUGAGCCUUCUAGUAACAGCUUUGGCCAGCUGCAGCUGCGUCCCCUCAACACCUACCCGGCCAGCACUGUAUCCUACUCCCCAGAGCUCCAGGACCCCUCCAUCUUCCUGGGGUCCCAGCGGAACCACAACACCACCCAAUCCCCUAUAACCGACCCCACCCCUGUAAAGGAUGCCAAGGCCGAGGAGGAGAAGUACAACUUGGAGGGUUUGGUGGCUCACCGCAUAGCCGAGUACAACGCACGCCUGCAGGGCAUCAAUGAGAGCGUGGCCGCCCUGCAGUCCGUCCGUCAUCGCUCCCAUUCCUUCUCUGGGGUUCGUACCCAUGGGCCGGCGGCGGACGAGGCGCCGGGCCCCAUACGGCGCCGAACCACCAGCGAGGGACAGUACCAGAAUGGCCAGAGUGGGGCGCCGGUGGAGAGCAGUACGAUGCGCUCACCUGUGCGAUGUGUGUCACCUGAGUUUGCCAACACCAUCGCCCUCAACCCUGGGGGGCGGCCCAAGGAGGGACAGAUGCACAGUUACAGGGAGGCUUUCGAGGAGGCGGAGUCUCCAGUCAGUCCCAACAGCAGCAUCGGUGGUGAGGCUCCUCCCCAAACCCCUGCCUUCCCCGUCUCACCACAAACCCCUUACUUCAACCUGUGUCGUUCCCCCCCAGGUCUGGCUAAGACCCCACUGUCCGCCCUGGGCCUGAAGCCCCACAAUCCAGCCGAUAUCCUGCUGCACCAGAGUGGAUCAGACUCAGAACCUAGCCCUGUAGGUGACGGUGAAGAAGAACCUCGUAGCUACGUGGAAUCCGUGGCCCGCACUGCGGUUCCUGGAGGGGGAGUAGGGGAGCAGAUGGGGUCCCCCAUACCACCUGGAUAUUCCGAAGAUAGCAUCUCCAGGCAAAUGGCCCCCCAGCACCCCUACAAUGCCCCGCUGUCCUCAAGCAGCCCCAUUCACAGCACUGAGGGAAGCUUCCCUCUGGCUGACGGCAAUUUCCGGAUGGGAUCCCUCACUCACUCUGCAGGGGACCUCCGUUCCCAGGCCCCCGAAAGCACAUACCGCACCCCCACCUCGUCACAUAUGGGUUCAGGCAGUGUGAGCUCCCCCUAUAUGGGUCCUGAUUAUAAUUCAUACCAACCAGAAGGUGCCCAAGUGAGCAUCAUGGGCGUCCACACGGUUCCCGGGAGCCCCAACACCCUGCACCGCACGGUGGCCACCAACACGCCACCCAGCCCCGCCCUGCAGCGCCGAAUGGCCAAUCAGGGCAGCCCGGCCUUGGGCAGGCGCGCGGCAAUGCCCAAUGGCGGUGAGCCUGGAGGCAGUCCUGUGCUAGGCCGCCACGCCUCUGUCACCCAGGCGGCACCGGGCAGCCCGAGCUUCGACCGACACCCGACGCACAGCGGCUACACCACACCGGACGGGAGACAUGGCACGCUGUCCCGUCAGAGCAGCUCCUCGGGGCCCCACCCUCCAUCCACGCCUUCUUUCCCGGUCUCUUCUGGGGGCUACCAGGAGGGGGCAGGCCUGAAGCAGGGCAGCCCCCUGCCUCAGCCUCAGCUCCCGGAGAAACAGCAUGUAGCAGCUGGGGAGAGGCCCAAUGGCAUCCUUUCCUAUGGCACGCUCAACGGGAAGACGUCCUCCCCGGUGUCCAGCGCUGGCAGCACGCCCAACACCAGCUUCUCACACACUCUACCGGACUUUUCCAAGUACUCCAUGCAUGAUGGAAGCCCAGAAAUGAAGCUCAACGUGAAGUUUGUUCAGGACACCUCCAAGUUCUGGUACAAGCCAGACAUUUCCCGGGAGCAAGCCAUCAACCUGCUGAAGGACCGGGAGCCCGGGGCAUUCAUCAUCCGGGACAGUCACUCUUUCCGGGGCGCCUAUGGCCUGGCUUUGAAGGUGGCCUCACCCCCACCUUCCGUCCAGCAGUGUAAGAAAGCUGGUGACAACACCAACGAGCUGGUGCGGCACUUCCUGAUCGAGACGAGCCCCAAGGGAGUGAAACUUAAAGGGUGUCCUAAUGAGCCCUACUUUGGGUGUCUGUCAGCGUUGGUUUACCAGCAUUUCAUCACCCCGCUGGCUCUCCCCUGCACACUGCUCAUCCCAACCACAGAUCUUAAUGAGGAUACUCCAGACUUGGCCACACCCACAAAUGCGGCUAACGAUCUUCUCAAGCAAGGAGCAGGGCUGAAGGUCCCAGCUGAAUCUCAUGCCUGCAAUGUUCUCUACAUCAACUCUGUGGAUAUGGAGUCCCUGACCGGCCCCCAAGCUGUGGCCAAAGCCAUAUCCGAGACCUUGGCGUCCAACCCUCUGCCCACGGCCACCAUCGUCCACUUCAAGGUGUCAGCGCAGGGCAUAACCCUCACGGAUAACCAGAGGAAGCUGUUCUUCCGACGCCAUUAUCCUAUCAACACCGUCACCUUCUGUGAUGUUGACCCCCAGGACAGGAAGUGGAACAAAGCAGAAGGUGGCUCAGCAAAGUUUUUCGGAUUUGUGGCCCGCAAGCAAGGAAGCACAACGGACAACGUCAGUCACCUUUUUGCCGAGAUGGACCCCGACCAGCCUGCUACCGCCAUCGUCAACUUUGUCUCCAAGGUGAUGCUUGGCUCACAGAAGCGGUGAAUCCCCUCCCCCACCUUCCCAGCUGCAGUUUGAAUUUGUUUUGGAGAUUCUGUCAUUUUCCCAUUUAUUUCUCAAUGUAACAUUUCUUCUGUUGUAUUGUUUCUUUGUAUUUUUUUGGAGGGGGAGGGUGGGUUGAAGGAAUUGGAGCCGAUCCGAGAUGGAGACAGAGCAGGUGCAGUGGGGGGGCGUAGCGUUGGUAUGGUAGUGGGAGGGGGGAGGGUGAGAUGCUCUCAAGGAGGGGAUACUGAUGUGAGUGAACUUCGUGUGAAAAGGGCAAAAAGAAGAGGCCAGGUGGUGCAAGGAACACGAGACUGAAAUCUACUGGGCUUUCGGAUUGAUUAACCAAAGACGAGAAAGCAUCAGGAAAUGUAUGCAAUAAUCAGAUGGUUCUGUUGAAAUAAGACAUUUUGUAAAAUAGGAAUGUUGAAACAGACAAAGAUGAAAGUAUGCUUUUUAUUUAAGUAUUAAUGUCUUUUUUUUAUCUGUCAUAAAAUUUGCAGCCAUGCUUUCUUGCAAAGAGUAAUCCAAUACAUUUCGCAUGUUAGCCUGGCAAGUGGAUUAAAUGUAUGUACUAUACGGUCAUAUCUGGGGUCUGCUGUGGGUUGCAAAGGGCUGUAUUGUACAGAUUUUUUUGUCCUACAUAUAAUAGACCAAAUCUGUAAUAGUUACAUGCACUGUGGUCCAAGCUUUGCCAUUUCGUUGGUGAUCAUUCAAAAAUGCCAUAUUCAGGCUUGAUUAGUCAAUCCCUGAGCACAUAGAUUUCAGAAGUGAUUUUGGACUGAUUGCUCUCGUCUGUGGACGCAGGACUCCUGAAUGUACUGCAGUUGUCUGCGGUUCGUGUGCUAAGCUUCACUCUGCUUCUUGGAGGAGGGGGUGGCUCCCCAUAUGACAGGAAACCGAUGAGAAACACAGUUUCUUCUGGCUCUGCACGCUGAUCUGCUCCAGCUUACAGCCGUCCACGCUUAUCUGAUCACACUGGAGGAGCCCAGGGCCUGCUGGGAAAUUGCACUGUCCUGCAUGUUGUAGAACAAAAUGUAAGCUUGCUGCCUAUGUUUCGCGUGAUGUACUCAUCUCCCUCGUCUGCUUCUAGCCUCAUAGCUUUAGCCAUGGAGUAAAGGCAUCUCUUCCAUCGGACAGCCCGAAGAGUAACUGCAUGGAUUAACAAAAGUCUUGCAUUUCAGCCAGAUGGUUCUGAUUAGGCGACGUAGACGUCAUCAGUCCUUGAAGUAGCAACUCCACCCUUGUAACUCUUUCUUCACCUAGACUAGUGUUUCACUUUAAGCAACCUUCAGAACCAGAGCUGUGUGGCCGUUGCCUGUUUUCACUGAGUGUUCCAUUCGCGUAGGCGGGGCUAACUCUGCUCUCACUACCAGUAUACCUGUAGCGGUGACAUCUUUAGAAAGAAGAGUUUGUUACAUGCCUGAAGGCCUUACCUUAAACACACACACACGCACACACAGACAUUAUACUGAAAAAGUAAGCUAAUCAAAACAAAAAAAACUAUAUAUAAACUACAAAAAGAAAAAAAAAGUAUUUAUUUUUUGCUAUGUUGCUAUGUUAACUCAUAUAAACAUAUAUUGUAUAGUCUACAUAAAGUUUACCUAAUGCAUUGAAAAAAAUACUCUUUAUUUUGGCUAAGAUCUCAAAGUCAGGGGAUUUUGAAAAGCAUUUAAAUAUAUACAGUAAGGUGUAAAGUGUAUCUACGUUCCAGCUUUUCACUCUUUUUACUCAUUUUACCACAAUUUGCUCGCAUUAUGUUCUCGUAGAAUAAGGUCGGCCCUUAGGGUCAUAGAAUAAAACUAUUCCCCAGGUAUAAGGAUGACCGAAUACGCUUUGUGACUUAAUGAACAGUUCAAAUUAACAUCCUGACGUCGGAUUGUUGUUUUUUUUUCUUCUGUGCUGUCAGUAAGGAUUGCAGCAUUGGGGGUUUAUUUAAGCACUUAAAUGUGGUAAUAUAAACACAGUAUACAUUGGAGAAAGUAUGACAUUUUUUAACAAUCUGUAUAUGGUCUUCGGAUUCUUGUUUUAUUCAAAACUUAACUGGUAAAUACUAUGUCGUUCAAAAUGACGCGACGGCGAAGUGAAGCAAUCAUGUCACUCUACUGCCACCUUGUGUUGCAGUGAAGUAAUACUUUUUUUUCCAAGGAAGCCAUUUAGGUUCUGGUGUUCCCUACGGAUGGGAACACAGUGCAUAAAAUAAACGGAACCCUGUAAACAGAUUGCCAGACAAGUACUGCAGUGUUUUAACUGUUAUUUUACAAAUGAACCAUUUUUGAAGCCCCUUUGGUAAUAGUACAGUGUGGCUACAUGGUAUAAUGUCCCCUUACACUACAUAAUAGGUUGGACUUAAUAGAUGCCAUUUGUACAGUGAUUAUUAUUAGGACUUAUUGAAAGUGUAUUGUCUGAAAGAAAAUACACUGUCACUGUGUUGUAUUUUUACCCAAGUCACUGAAAGUUGGGAUCAUUCAGAGAUUCGAUUGAGUACAAAGGAUGGUAACCAAAUUUUGUGUCUGUCACAACUGUCAGAAUUGGACCCACAUGUAAAUACUUUUUUUUUGCCAAAGAUUUUAAGUAUAUAUUUGUAUUAUUCGUUUUAAUGUCAAACUAAUUUUCUUUUCAACAUUUUCUUUCAAGGGAAGAUUCUUGUUCUUAAGGGAAAGUAAUCGUUAUCGGAGCCCAUAUUAAUGCCGUAUCACAUACCUUUAAUUACGUUUGCUGUGUGUCUCUUCAGUGGGUAUUUAUUAGGCCAAUUUUACCCCAUUAAGAUGACGAAAAGCACUUCUCAGAAGCUGCAUUAGCCAAACGUGAUUAGCAAAAUGCAAACAGAGUCACACUGUGCCAAAAAACAUUGUCUGACUACAUAGAGUAAGGCAAGAAAAUGACGUUAGCAUGCUUUAGCUUUGUAGUUACUAUGUGCUUUACAUAGCACUAGAGGCUGUGUAAUAGAAGAGUAAGCAUUCUGACCACUGAGAGUAGUCCACACAGCUUACAGCAAGACAUGUUUCCGAUUUCUUGGUCUAUCAAGCUAAUUAUUUCCAUUAAAAAAAAAAAAAAAAAACAUAGUGCCCUUAACAUUUCAAGCUUAACUGAUCGAGUGAUCAUGUAUGUUGCUCAAUAAAAAAGAAAAGAAAAAAGGUAAUUUUGUAAUUAAAAUUCAUGGGAUACUAGAGACAAGAGCCCAUGUUUGAGUUUACAGGAACAUAGUGUAAGGUUUGCCCCGAUAUCUGCCUGUUUAAAAAUAGCUGACUUAGACUGUGUGAAUGUGCUACAAUGGCUGUACAGAUCUUUUGUGUAUUUUCAUUUGCUUUACAAUGUAUGGCUUUACUGUUUCGGAAAAAAAAAACACACAUUAAAAAGCAAUACAAAUCAGUUAUAUUAAAACACUGCUGCUUACAA